GGGCGGAGGCGGCCGCAGCCGCCGCGCCGGGAGAGGCGGCCGCGGGUGUCCGGGUGUGCGCCGGGGGCAGGGGGAAUUGGGUCCAUUUAACAGGUUGCGACUGGCGUGUGGUUCGCUGCGCUCUUGGCAGCCGCGCUUUCGGCGUUGAGGCAAAACCCAGUUCUUCAGUGUCUGAGGAUGGAUAAAGACUUCCGCUACUACUUCCAGCACCCAUGGUCUCGCUUAGUUGUGGCUUACUUAGUGAUCUUCUUUAACUUCUUAAUAUUUGCUGAGGACCCAGUAUCUCACAGCCAAACAGAAGCCAAUGUUAUUGUUGUUGGUAAUUGUUUCUCCUUUGUAACAAAUAAAUACCCUGAAGGAGGAGGCUGGAGAUUUUUGAAGGUGUUUCUGUGGCUCCUUGCCAUUCUCACAGGACUGAUAGCUGGGAAAUUUCUCUUCCAUCAGCGCUUGUUUGGUCAGUUGCUCCGUCUGAAAAUGUUUCGGGAGGACCAUGGGUCUUGGAUGACAAUGUUCUUCAGUACCAUCCUCUUCCUCUUCAUAUUUUCUCACAUUUAUAACCUGUUCCUCAUUAUGGCAGGGAAUAUGAGUGCAUACAUUAUAACAGACUUCAUGGGCAUCAGGAAUGAAAAUUUUAUGAAGGUAGCUGCAGUUGGGACUUGGAUGGGAGAUUUUGUCACAGCAUGGAUGGUCACAGAUAUGAUGCUUCAGGAUAAACCCUACCCAGACUGGGGAAAGUCUGCCAGAGCUUUCUGGAAGAAAGGAAACAUUAGGAUCAUUUUAUUCUGGAGAGGUGGUUCCACAGAAAGAGGUCAAGGAAAAUCAGGGUGCCUAGUGGCUGGGGGAGUCUGCCUUGGUCAGCAGACAAGUGCUGAGGAUUGCUUUCUUUCUGGAGAACUUUUCAGGACGGUUCUGUUUACUCUGACCUCUGUAGUUGUGCUUGUCAUCACUACUGACUGGAUCAGCUGGGACAAGCUGAAUCGUGGAUUUCUGCCAAGUGAUGAGGUCUCAAGAGCCUUCUUGGCUUCUUUCAUCUUGGUGUUUGACCUUCUUAUUGUCAUGCAGGACUGGGAGUUUCCACAUUUUAUGGGUGAUGUUGAAGUUAAUCUUCCAGGCUUGCCCUCAGCACACAUGCAAUUCAAAGUACCUUAUUUCCAAAAGAUACUGAAAGAGGAAUAUCACAUACAUAUAACAGGCAAAUGGUUUAACUAUGGAAUUAUCUUCCUUGUUUUAAUCUUGGAUCUGAAUAUGUGGAAGAACCAAAUAUUUUACAAACCUCAUGAAUAUGGUCAAUAUAUCGGUCCUGGACAGAAGAUCUACACAGUGAAGGACUCAGAGAGCUUGAAAGACCUUAACAGAACUAAGUUAUCUUGGGAGUGGAGAUCCAACAACACUAACCCACUGACGAACCGGACCUAUGCCGAAGGGGACAUGUUCUUGCACAGCAGGUUCACAGGCUCUAGCCUUGAUGUCAAAUGCCUGGCUUUUAUUCCAAGUUUGCUGGCUUUUGCUUUGUUUGGUUUCUUCAUCUGGUUCUUUGGGCGAUUUCAGAAAACUGACCAAGGCAUGGAGAAUUUAGACAAAUCGUACACAAGAAUGAAACGAAAGUCACCAUCAGAUAUGGGAAUGACACGAGAAAAUACACAGGUGUUAGAAGAACCAUUGAAUUUUCAGGAACCACACCUGGUAUCCAUAAAAUCAGACUUAAGUGAAAUAGUUUUUAAUUCUUCUCUUCUAACUUCUGAAAACUUGAACGCACAACUGAAUGAGCAAGACAGCCCUUUACAGCCAGUACCAGAGUCCUCUGUCCCUAAGAAUAAUCCUGUGACAUAAAGGAAAAUACCCAGGAAAAAUCAGUUUAAAUAAGCAGUUACUCUAAGAUUUCAGUUUUACCUUUUGUAAGUUAAGAUUUACAUAGUGUUUAGAAUAAGAAACUCAACCUAUACCAAGAGGUGCUCAGCAUGCUUUUUCUAGGAAUUUUGUUUUUUAUUUGUAUUAUAGUACGUGCCUAUUGUAUAUCUAACAUUCCUUUAUAGAUUGCUUCCCAAAAUUGCACAAGCUAUUUAUUAAUACAUUACCUUAACUGUAUAAUAGUGUAUUAGAUGAUUACUUGCAGGUAUAAAAUUCUACCGUGGUGGUGCCUUGAGACAUUAAACUGUUUUUUAACUCAA